AUGGCUACUAUCACUCUUCAAACAACUUGCCCACAAGAACAAACACAUGACAAACCCACUAACCCAAUUAAACGGAGGGUCCGUUCAGCUGAUACAAGAAAGAAGUCAUUUUACGCACAGGACCGUCCCGUCUUCAUCGACAACAGAACGAUGUCCGGAAACAUCGUUUUACCAAAACUCUCAUCAGCGUAUUCCAUCAAAAAAGGAGGCCCGAUGGAAAGGAUCCAAAGCGGGCAGAGUUUCGACGACGACGAUACGGACCCUUUGCUCCACAACGUGAGUUUCAAACCAGGGAGAUUUAGCUCGGGUGCGUCGCAGACUGUGGGCAAGAGAGUUGCCAUGGAAGAUACUUUGAUGAUAAGCGGGGCGCUAUUUGAAGGGAUUGAUUAUUACGGUGUUUUUGAUGGGCAUAAUGGCGAUGGUGCGGCUAUCAGUUCGAUGUCUGUAUGUCACACUCUAAUUGAUGAAAAAGAAAUUAAAGGUGCUGGAUGCUCCGAACACAUGAAGAAUGUAUUUUCCGAAUUACAUAGAAGGAUCUGUGAAACAUCAGAAAGUGGAACAACAGCGUCUGUUGUUAUUGUGAGAGAAAGUGACUGCAUUAUCAGUUUAAUUGGAGACUCCCCAGUGUAUGUACUCUUUGAGGGAAAACUCAAAAGAAUUGGGAAGGAUCAUAACCCUGAAGACCCGGAAGAGUAUAAGAGAGUUAUAGAGAGUGGAGGAAGGAUAGCUGACUUUGAUGGGUUACUUCGAGUCAAUGAACAAAUAGCGGUCACCCGAUCGAUUGGGGAUAAAGCGCUUCACCCUCCUCUUACAUGUAUUCCUGACACUUUUAUUUUGCCUUUAAAUCAGAUACAGAGGAUUUUGAUCGCAACAGAUGGAAUUUCAGUGCUGCAAGAGUCCGCAAUACAACAACUCAUGAGCGACAGUGUAUCGCCAGGGGAGACGGCACGUGUCAUUAGAAACGUCGCAUUUGACAAGGAAAGCAAAGACAACAUUUCUGUCAUAGUCAUCGACCUCACACAAUAA